GCGUGAAAAAAAUAGUUUUUAGGUUUUUGCGGAAAAACGUGUUUUUGUAGUUUUGUCAGUUUUCGUAUGUGACAAAAAUGAUAUUAUGUUUAGGUUUGUAAUUUGUGAAUUACAUUAGGGGCAUAAUAGACAUUAUACCAUUUUGAAUGAACCAUCUCCAUUCAAAUGAUCCAAAUUGGUUCAGCUGAAUGGACUUUAAAAUUAAGCCUAAAUUUCCAAAAGUCAUCCAGAUGAUCCAUCUGAAUGAGUUGCACUUUUAGUGUCUAAACAAACAAAACUCUCAUCUUCAUCCAAAUGACUCAUUCAAAUGGAGAAACAAAGAGGCCCCUAUUAUCAUGAAGGGUCCUUUUACAUACUCAAUGGAAGAAAUGUGACAAGAUGCUCUCAGUGGAAGGGAGUUCGGUCGUGUGGGUGAACAAAGAUCUUUGUUUCUAAGAAAAAAAAAAAAAAAAAAAAAAAAAAAAGAUCUUUGUUUCUAUUUCCUUUAACUUGGGGAGGCUUUUCUUGCUUGCGUUACAAUCUUGAAAACACCCACCAAUUUCAGUUUCAAAGCUGGGCUUUAAGGCCCAUUAAUAUAUUAUUAAAAAGAUUUUGAUAACUAUUUUCUAAAUGAGCCCAUAAUUUGAUUUACCCCUCAGAAUGGAAGAAGUGUGACAAGAUGUUCUCUCUCUCUACUUCCGUCGGAGAAAGUUGAUUCUUUUGGUAUAGCUGAUUCCGACAAUGUCGUUCCCGGUAAAGAAGAGGAAGACGAUGAAGAAACCGUCGGUUAAUAAGAAUAAAAAAGCGCCGCCGCCGCCGGAAUCGACUCCGAAUCCUUCGCUUCCUGAUGAUUUGCUACUAAGCUGCUUCGCACGCGCCUCGAGACUGUACUAUCCGACUCUUUCACUCGUCUCCAAGAGCUUUGCAUCUCUCGUUUCUUCACCGGAGCUUUACAAGACCCGAUCCUCUUCAGGCCGCACCGAGAGCUGUCUCUAUGUGUGUCUAAGCUUCCAUCCUGACCCAAUCCCUCGCUGGUUCACCCUCUGCCGGAAACCUGAUCGAACCCUAACCACCAAGAAGAAACCAAGUGGGUAUGCUUUAGCUAAACUCCCAACUCCUCCUUCUCGCUCUGCGCACUGGUCUGGUCUCGUGGCCGUUGGUUCGGAUAUCUACAACAUUGGCGGACCCAUUGACGAAGCCAACGAGCCCUCGUCCAGCGUCUCAGUCCUGGACUGUCGGUCCAACACGUGGCGCGACGGUCCAAGCAUGUUGGUGGAGCGGGACUACCCACACGCCAAUGUGAUUGAUGGAAAGAUAUACGUAGCCGGAGACUCUAACUCUACUUCUCCCGACUGGAUGGAGGUUUUCCACCCGAAAACACAAACUUGGGAGCUUCUGCCUAGCCUCCCUGCUGCGGAGAUGCGACUCCUAUAUGAUUCUAUAAGUACAAGCGCAGGGAUCGACGGAAAGGUACACGUUUUCGGAUCCUGUAAUGGUUUGGUUUACGAUACGAGGGAAGGUCGAUGGGAAAGUGCGGAUAUGGAGAUGAGUUCGGAAUGGGUUUGGUUCUCUUACUGUGUGGUUGAGAACGUGAUUUACGUUUAUAACAACGAAGAGUUCAAAUGGUAUGAUUCUGCGGUAAGACUCUGGAAAGUUUUGAAGGGUUUGAAAGGACUGCCUAAGUUCCCACGUUAUACUGCUAGAUUGGCGGAUUUUGGUGGGAAGUUGGCUGUUUUGUGGGGCAGGGGUGUGGCUUCCAGUGGCUAUGUGGACAAGAUUAUUUGGUGUGCAGUGAUUGCGCUUGAGAGGCGCAGCGAUCAAGAGAUUUGGGGUAAGGUUGAGUGGAAGGAAGCAGUGCUUAAAGUCCCCAAGUCAUGUAGCAUUGACUAUGCUCUUGCUGCUACCGUUUGAUGGCUUAGUUAUGGGACCGACUUUGAUUGUGAUGAAUCUUUAGUAAUAUCAUUUUGCUGUAUAAUUCUCUGGCUCUUCUUAGCUGAAUGCCGUAGGCAUCAUUUCACUUUGUGUAAAACCUUCGAGGGCUUAGCUUAUUUUGUGACCUAUGAAAUGCCUGGUUUUGUUGAAUGUAAUUUUCAACAAAAAAUGCAUCAUUUGAUUGUAGUUUUCGUGGUUAACUGGCGUACA